AGUGAGCUGCGCGAUUUAGAAUCUAAAUUGCGGGAGGCCUACGUGGCUAAGACCCAGUUGGCUCAAAUUGCUGAGAAGCGUGCGUUGAUCUACGAUCAAAUGGUGGAAGAGGCACAGGCUACACGUGCGUUGUUCGAAUCCAUGGGCGAUGAGAAAACUAUGCUGGCCGAGGAAGAGCACAGACGUCGUGUGGAGCAAGAAAGAUUGCGUAAUCAGUUGGAAGAACAAUUGCGGGAUCAGGAGAAAGCCCGAAAACAAGCUUACGAAGAGUUUCUUCGUGAUAAACGAAUGAUUGAUGACGCGGUGAAGCGUAUUCAAGACGAGGAUAAGUGUGAGAUGGAACGUCACAUGGCACGGAAAGAAAUGACCAAACAAAUGAUUGCGCAACAUCAGGCCGAACAGCAAGCUCACAGACAGGCAGAAUUGGAAAAAUUACGCGAGGAAGAAAAAGUUAUGCAAGAGUAUCAAUUACGGAAAGAUGCGGAACUACAAGCGGUGGCUGAGGAAAAGAAAACACGCCAAGCAGCCAUCGACAGGCUCCAGGCACGUCUCGGUGCUGAACUGUUGGAGAAAGAAGCUUCACGACGUGAAUUGGAAGAAAUUCGUCAAACUUUGUUACUCGAGGAAGAAGCCGCACGAUAUCGGGAGGCGGAACAACACGCUGAAGAAAAGAAACGACAAAAUCAGCAACGAUUACAAGCGGACUAUGAAGCGCAAUUGCUCAAAAAACGGGAACAACAACAACUUGAAGCGAUGGAAGAUCAUCGAGUCCGCGAGAUGUUGACUCAUCAGUUCCGACUGGCCGAAGAGAAAGCUCAACUCGAAACAGAACAGCGACGUCAAAAGCAAAGAGCCCACGCUGAAGCCACUCGUCAGUUGCUGAUUGAUCGACGAGCACGUUUGGAAGCGGAGUGUCGGCAAGCAAAAGAGGAACUGGAACGCGAAUCUGAACGUACCAAAGCGGAACAACGAAUUAUGGAAGAAGAACGGGUUCGGUUGUUACGUGACCACGUCCCCGAACUCUUGGGCUAUUUGCCACGGUCCCUAAGUCUCUAUACUCCACCAGUCUCGGAAAAUAGUAGCACAUCCGUGUUGUCCAAUGGAACGCUGUCUGCCUCUCCGGUCGGCCAUAGCCAGGCAAAAGAUGAUAACACAGGUAUUUUGCUCAAUGUGCAUUAG